UAAAUAUAUCUUAGUCGGGUUCAAAAAUAUUUGAAUAUGUUCAAAUUAAUUUCGGAAAGUUGUUUGCUCACCGUUGUCCUCCUCCUUUUUCUGUUUUCCAAAUCAUCGAAUAUCGUCUCCGCUGCCUGCAAUUCCUGCUCUGUCGGGUCUAAUUUAGCCUGCGCAUCGCAAACGCAGUUCCAAGUAUGCGUCGAUGGUUUACCAACAGGAACGCCGACUAGUUGUCCGACCGGAUUUAUUUGCUCGACAAUUUCUGCCAGCAUCUGCGUAUCGAGUACUGGUACGAGUAUAGUUGGCGAUUGCGAAGAAUGCAAAACCUGUGAUUCCUCCCAUACCUUUGCCUGCACUGGUGUACGCACGUACGCCCUUUGUUUAGGCACAGACUCCAUUAGUGAUUUGGGUGGCAACUGUGCGCCCCAUCAUGUAUGUAGUAUUGACUAUCCGUACAUAUGCGGCAAUGAAUCCUUAGGAAUUCCACCCACGUGUCCUACCACAGUUGACAGUCCUACUACGACGACUACUUCAGGUUCGGUAAUUGUGACAAAUCCAGUUGCAUAUUGCCAAACUAUACAACAAAAUGGUCGUUUUGCAGUUGGAAAUGAACUUAAAACAACCUGUCAGCAAUAUGUCUACUGCUUCAUAAAUGGCAACGUUUGGAGUGGCGCGAUCUACUACUGUCCAAGUGAUACUUAUUUUGAUACUUCCUCACGGUAUUGUUCACCAGUUGUACCGGCCCGUUGCGUUAGCUCAACACAGUUGUUGUAUUUGGGGGCUUCCGAACCAAGCUUCGACGAUGUCCAGGGAAUAAAGUGAUGUCCAAAAACUCACGCGCUAUUAUGACGUCAUCGAAGCUGUGAUUGCUGUCAAAUCUACCGCAACAUUUUGCAUUGCGCAAAAGCUCUUUACUCUCUCACAAGAUUGCCAAUUUUAUAUUUUCUAUGUUUGAGUACCAAUCUCAUUCAUUUAAAUAAAUUAUGUAGA